UGUCACUCGUCACGAUAGAAAAAUUGCACUAAUAAGAUACGCCUACGGAUAAUAAAGCCACAUUUAUAAUUAAAUAAUUUUUAUGUGCUAAAUUAUGGAGAAAGUGCAUAAUUUAAACACUGAAGAAGCUCAUGAUAAAAACGAAUUAUCAUCUGACAAUGAGGAUAUUUUUGAUGAAAUGCCUAAAAUAGAUAAUAAAGAUAAUAUUCAAAUUAAUGGAAAUAAACCUAAUCAAAUAUUUGACAAAGUUUCACAAUCAACAAUACAAUCAUCAUCGAUAAAACAACCUGAAAACAUACUCGUUAAGUCGGACGCGUCGCUUGCUGAUGGUGACUCUUCGUCUUCCGAUAUUCAGGAAGAAGAAAAUGAACCCAAUGAAAAUGAUUUGGAAACAACGGACCCAGAGGGUAAAGGGGAUCCAAAUGCUUCCCUUCAUCUUAGCGAUUUGACCCGUUCACUCAUCCCCAAAUAUUUUAUUCAAGUGGUGAGGAUUAGCGUCAACGAUUUUCAGCUCAGCGAAAACGCUAGGGAUUUAAAUGGGAGAAAUGCGCCAUAUUACAAUAAUGGCGAUAACGAUUCCUCGAGGAACAAUAGCGGAUAUAUAGCUAACACUCCUUCGAAUAAAAUUUUGUAUACGAUUCGUUCCUUAAAGAAAUCCGGAAGAAAAGAUGUUUUUGUUGUCAAUAGGUUCCAUGAGGAUAUAGAAUGGUUGGAUCACUGCCUUUUGACUCAAAAUAAAGCGUUAGGCUUGAUUAUUCCGCCUAUCUCUUCCAAACCCAUAGAAUCAUUUUUCCUUACAUCCUACAACGUGAACAAUCCACAAAACGCGCCGGAAGGUGAUAACGAUUACAAUUACAUUCAAGCCGACCAAUCCUUGACCAAAUCCCCUUAUGACAAUUCUAUCUUACAGCACAUUCAUCAUUCCUUCAAUUACGAUUGCUUCAAUUUGGAAAGAUACCUGACUCUACUACUUCAGCAUCCAGUAUUUGGUUCGGACAUUACUCUCAAAAGAUUUUUAACUGAAAAAAAUGCACCUCAACAUGGAAAUUUUAAAAAAGGAUUUUUCGGAAAAUUCGCUUCCGUCGUCAGCGAGAUGAGAAAGGUCAAUCAAGCGGAGUUUGACGAGUUUUUUCAACAUGAAAGAUUUUGGAAUACUGAAUAUAGCCUAUUGCUGAGAGAUACAUUGCAAGCAUUUAGCAAGAAAGUCGAAGCCAUAUACCAGUUGGCCCAAGUAUCCGGACAUUUUUCCACCGCUCUCUCUAUGGCUCAUUGCAACGGACCCAGUAUUUACCUCGAUUUUAAUCAGACUUUGCAAAAUGUGGGAAAUCUUUUCGAGAAUCUUAAACAAAAGAAUGAAGAAUUACAGGCCUACUAUCAACUCACGCUAGGCUUCGAACUCGAUUUUUAUUGUAGAUAUUUAGAUUCGCACAAAGACACAUUGAAUAGAAGAAACUGUUUGUUACUCGAAUACGAAAAUAACAAAAAAUUAUACGAAAAGGCCAAACCAAACAAGAAAGAAAUGGCCAGACAGGUGAAGAUAUUGGCUGAAAAAACGCUGCAAGAAUGCUCGGAUACCGCCAAAAAAGAGUUCAAUCGAUUUCACAAUGACCAAUCAGCCCAAAUUCUGCGAAGCAUAUAUAAUUAUGCCAAUGCGAACCUCCAAAAAUCAAAAGACAUUUACGAGAUUAUUUCCUUUUCCCUUAAUCAAUUGCAAGCCAGUUUAUAAUCAAAAGAUAUUAUACAUCUUAAUUAUAUAUGUAUUUGAAUUAUAAGCGAAAAACGAAACAAACUGAAUUGUUUUUUUUAAAGUUCGACAAAUAUUUUUAACAUUUUUUUUUAAAUAUUAAAAUGCCCAACAAUGUAUCAAUUAUUUAAAAAAAUAUAUAUUUUUUUUCCUUAAAAAUAAUUACAAAUUAUAACUUAAAUUUAAAAUAAUAACCUUAUAAAUCACAUUUAUACAAAUAGUAUAAUAUAUAUAUACAAUAUAUAUUUUAAUAAGAAAAUCAUAUCAAGUUUUUACUAUUUGGUUUUUUUAUAAAUAUAACCCCUCCGUUCUCUCAAAUAUUAAAUUGAAACAACUUAUGAUCAGAUUGUGAUUAUGGUGGAAUUAAAAUUUAAUAUUUUCCCAAUAUUCUCAUUUUUAUAACCGAUUAUUAUUAUAUAUUUAUUAAAUAUAAGCCAACAUAAAUAAGCUCUUUGUUU